ACCUUUAAUUUGAUAUGUAAUUCAACGCCCACUUCAAUAGCAUUACUCAACGCUCAGGACUCACACGACUCUCAGGACUUUCUGGACUAUUUGACGCAAACCGUGAAUAACUUUAAACUAAAUUUUCACAAAUCCUUUGAACAGUCGAGAGUCAGACGCAAACAGGACUACACUUUGCCAUCGAAAGGGGCGCUCACCGAACAGGACCUUAAAGUUGUCAACACUUCCACAGCGAUCCCGAGCCAUGUAUUGUCGGGCAAUCGCCAAAACGGACCGAUUCGGGUGUGGGCUGUCAUCGAGGACUCGGUUCACUACACGUACCUCUUCUCCGGUCACGCGAACGGACUG